UGCAUAUACCACUGAAAUCUCUGUUAUAUGUAGUUAAAUUGUAUUUACAAAAAUUACCUUUAAUCCGAAACAAUUCAGUCGUUAUAUUCUGUCAAUCUCCGAUCGUUACAUCGACAAUCGAUUGUAAUGCAAUAGAGGGCGCGGAAUUAUUUUGACUUACUUAGGUUUCUUAUAAAACUCACGCUAUUUGUACCAUGAACACUUCGUAAUACUGGAUAAUGAGGAACCAACUUUUUAUAAAAUAAAAGUUUUGACACGGUGAUGUUGACAGGACAUUAUAUAUAUAGCCUAGGUUCUGCAUAUAUAUAUGUCAGCAUUAGAAACGACGGAAGGCCUAAGUGAUCAACAUUUAUGAAGACUUGGUUUCUACAUGAUGAAUACAAGGUUCCUAAAAGUUGUGCGAUGGGUUUCUCAAAUCAGUCACUCAAAUAGCAAUAUUGUAAAAUAUUCAUUAGUGGGACUAAUUAUAAUAUGUAUUAUUCUACCUCUACGUUGUCCUACUGGCCGUGGAUACCAUUACGUAACUUUUUCUCAUCUUGAAGAGGAUAUUUACGUGUGUGACAUUGGGGGUAAAGAAAGCUCGACUUCUUUGCAGACCUGUCCGUUAAUUCCUAAAAAUUUAGAAAGAUAUUCUUCUGUUAAAACUUCUGUGAAUGAAACAGCUCUGAAGACCCUAUCUCAAAAACUGUCCAUUAAACCUGGCGGUAAGUGGAAACCAACACACUGCAACCCUCAACAUCAUGUGGCAUUAAUAGUUCCGUACAGAGACAGGAAGUUACAGCUGGACGUAUUUCUGAAACACAUUCAUCCCUUUCUCCAGAAACAACUUUUGAAUUAUGGAAUAUAUGUUGUUGAGCAGAGCUCCAUACACAAAUUUAAUAGAGCUAAACUCUUCAACAUUGGAUUUGUAGAAGCAUUGAAGGACUCUAACUAUUGCUGUUUUAUCUUCCAUGAUGUGGAUCUGCUUCCGGAAAGUCCACGCCACAUCUACACAUGCUCCAAACAACCCAGACAUAUGUGUUCAGCACUGGACACUUUCAGAUAUGUCUUGCCUUAUCCAGGGCUUUUUGGUGGAGUAAUUGCUAUCACCAGACACCAGUUUGAACGUGUAAAUGGAUUUUCAAAUGUAUUCUUUGGAUGGGGGGGCGAGGAUGAUGAUUUUUGUAACAGGAUACUAAACAUGGGUUAUUCAAUCACCCGUUGGGAGCCUAGCCUGUCUCGUUACACCAUGUUGUUUCACUCCAAAGCUGUCCCCGAUCCAAAUAGGAUACACUUUCUGAGAUCUGGCUAUCAACGAUAUAGCACUGAUGGACUAAACAGUUUGAAGUACAAGGUUGUGGAGAGGCAACAUAAAUCGUUGUAUACUUGGCUGCUUGUAGAUGUCAAACCCGAAUAAUAAAAACUAGUUGGACAACUAUACCAGUUUCAGAUUUUUAUAUAAAAUUUCAAUCAUUCAUAUUUCACUAGAAUGUCAAGUAAUUUUAAAUCUGUAUGUUCAUUCCUAUGUGAUUAUUUUUCCCUUCUAAGAAAUAGGUUCUUAAAGCUGGAUAUAAAUCUCAAGUUCGUUUGCUUUGUAUAAUCUUAUCAUAUGUCAUGAAAUGGGCUAAUCUAGUUAUAGAAAUCUUGUGAUAUUUCUUAAUUAUAAACUUUGAAGAUGGUGGGUAUUGUUUUGUAAUGAAACGACUGAAUUAAUAGUAACAAAACAUAAAUUUAUGUUCAAAAUUAUGUAUUAAAACUUAAUGAUGGGAGAAAUGUGCCAUAGAUCUGAGUGUUUUUACUGAACUGUGUGAAGUCUGAGAAUAGUCGAUUUUAGUAUAAAUAAAUCAUAAUGAAUUACAAAUAGUCGAUAAAAUAAUAUUCAUCAUCUAGAUUGACGUGGAAGUUUCUUUUUACAGUUAACAUAUAUUUAUAAUGUAAGCCUCAUUUAACUGUGCAAUUUACCUGUGUCUUCUCCAGGUAAAAAUGGUACAAUUUUAGGUAUUUUUAACACUUGUCAUGAAGGUAUUACAGUACAAGGGACUGGGAAGGAAAAAUACUGUAGAAAAAUAAGUCAAACUUGGAGUAGAUAUAUGUUUAAUGAAACGAAAUAAAAGUUUUAUUCUUGGAA